GUGCGUAACGCCACAGCCGAGCGUACGAAAAGUCCAGCGCAUCGGGUGCAUCCACUUGGCUUGGUCCUUCGGCAUGGGCCACAGCGAGCAGGGAGGAACCCUUCGAUAACCCCCCGUCCGAGGUUGCAGUUCAAAACUACCAGUUACACGCUUCAAGGUGUUUGUGACCUUGCGAUGCGAUAAGCGCAGGAUCGGGAAGGUAGAAGCAGUUUGUUGUUGAAGAACCACACCCCGAAAAAUAAUUUGCCAGCAUAAUUGUGCGGCCGGGGUCUUCCGAAUGAAUGAUAAGCCAGUGAGUUCCCAAUCAUCGUGAUGGACGCCACAUAAUGUCAAUCUGAAUUGCGCAGCUGAGCAGCAGCAGCAGCAUGUCGGUGUGUUGUGUGCUGUACUUACGUGUUGUGGAAUUGAUUUCGCAAAUAGAAGAAGUGCUAAAUUUGGAGUUCAUUGAGGUGAUCGUCUUUGGUGAUCGUUACAAAGUUUGGCAGUACAGACAUGUGUACACGACGGUGUAUGUAAAUCGUACUCCCACCGCGUUUGCCUGUGACGUGUUUCAUUGAUGCCGGUAAAAUUCGUGUAAAUCCUGACCUAUCUGGAAUGGAAUGUGGAGUGUCUAUUGCCGCAAAUCGAAAUGAUCUUGUGUAUUCAAUACAGUGCAGUGGAGUAAACAUUAUGAUCACUCGAUCGAUAGGGUGGUAAACAUUCCGAUCAGUACAUUUUAUUCGGCGUGAGAUAUGAACAUUAUAACAAACUCUUCCUCCGAUGUUGUCAUAACGGAUUGGAGAGAUCCACUUACCUUUUUGGGAUGGUACACGUGCGCGAUUGUAGAUGUAGGAACGCCAGAAGGGAGAAAAUGGAUCGGGAGGAAGACUUUGACAUCUCCAAGCGAGAUGCGAAGCGGCUGGCGGAACCGCUCAUUAAGGCCGCCUACGCGGACGGUAUCGAUGCCGGGCGGCAAGUGCACUAUCAGCGCAAUUUUGACGAGGGCUACCGGAAAGGGUUUGCCGCCGGAUUCGAGCACGGUCAGCACCAGGCACGGCGGGCACUGGAGGAGCAGGGGAGGAAACCGGCAGCAACCGGUGGUGGUGGUGGUAGCUGAUGAGACGUGUCGGGCGUAAUCGAUCAAAAAUGAUGUUGGAAUUGGAAAUACAUGCAAGAAGAACUGCGUAA